AUGAGCGUCUCAUCUCAGAAUGCCUCGAAAUCGACUCCCGAGUCGCCGACGAUCAUCAGCGGGAACCCCCCAAACCACAAAAUCCUCCGACUCAACAACCCUCCGUCACACUCGGCAUCUUCACACGGAAUAGAAUGGGGCAAUGAGAUAAACGAGAACCCGACCCGCCGACCGCCUACCCUCCCUUCCUCCCACACCGAGCUUAAAUGCAAGAAAAGCCGACCACCGUCGCCGCCUACGCGGCGGGGGGCUUCGCUUGCUGCCGUAGCCUUGUUCUACGUCUUCGGCCCGAACUACACAAUCGACGGCGACGAGUCGAACGACAGCAACCGGAAGAAAAGCAUCGUCGGCCUGUCAAACCUAGCCAAUGACUGCUUCAUCAAUUCCGUGCUCCAGGCGCUAGCCGGACUAGGCGAUUUGCGCGUCUACCUGAUUCACGAGUUGCAUCGCCGACAACUAGACGGACCAGAAACAUACCACACAGUCGCCAGCGAUGAAGAGCUUACAGACGGGGCAACGGACAAGCUGCGCGAGCUGCAGCAGGGUAUCACGACACGGGCAUUGAAGGAGAUGCUGGAUCGAUUGAACGAGCGCCCUAUUUACAAGAAGACCAUUUCUGCUCGCGACUUCAUCCAGGCUCUCGAAUACGCGUUUCGCACACGCAUCAGCCGCAAUCAGCAGGAUGCUCAGGAAUUCUUACAGAUUGUGCUUGAGCGGCUGUGCGACGAGUACCAUGCUGGUGUGCGCGCGCGACGCCGAGCACUGGGUAGCGCGGCGGCAGCUUCUGGUUCGGAGGGCAGUGCGCAGGAGAGCUCGUCGGAGGUGGAGGUUCGGAUCGAUGAUGGCUCGGUGAAUGGAUUGCCUGCUAUCAUCGAUACGAAAUUGAAGGAGAUUGACCAGGAGUCCGGUUUUCCGUUCGAAGGCAUGAUGGAGUCCCAGAUCGAGUGUCAAUUCUGCCAUUACCAGUACAAACCCAACCAGACGGCAUUUGUCAAUUUGACACUGCAGGUGCCGCAGAAGAGCUCUACGACGCUGGGCUCGUGCUUCGACGGUCUUUUGAAAACAGAAUACAUUGAGGACUUCCGCUGUGAUCGGUGCAGCUUGCAGCAUGCCGUGGACGUCAAGAGUAAGGAGCUCGCGCGCGCCCGAUCACAGAGCGAUCGCGAUCGCCUGGAGCGGGAGAUCUCCCGUCUCCGCGAGGCUAUAGAGACAGACCCAGAAGCCGAGCUUGAAAACAUUACACUCCCUCCUUCAGAGAGCGUGCCGAAACGCCGGAUCGCUCGCUACAUGCGCAUCACAGCCUUCCCGAAAGUCAUCGCGAUCCACCUCUCCCGAUCAAUCUUCGACCGCAGCAGUUCCAGCAAGAACGCAGCCAAGGUCUCCUUCCCCGAACGACUGCCCCUCGGCGGUCUCCUCACCCAGAAAUGGUACAAGCUUCUCGCAAUCGUCUGCCACAAGGGAAGCCACCAUAGCGGACACUACGAAUCCUUCCGCCGCAACCACAUCUACCCCCCAUUCUCCACCCCGGGUGCCUUCAGCUCCUACGCCCAGAGUCGCGUCGCCAGCGAGAACCCCUCUGCAGCACCUAGUCCUCGCAUCCACCCCCGCAGCAGUCCCGAGGAUUCUCUCGGCCGCCAAUCCCCGGCUACCUCUACCAUCUCGCUCUCGGGCUCGACCCAGCUCACCCCGGGUCGACCCACUACAUCGGGCUCGCGUCGCUCGUUCCAGAGUACGCUGUCCCGAUCUUCGAAGACGGAGACGCAGACGCAGACGCCGUCACCCUCUGAUAGCCCGUCGACGGAUCAGGACCGUUGGAAUUCUAGUACUUCUGCCCCGCGCGCUUCCCGCAGUAUACCCCGCCCUUCGCAGGAGCGGGAUGCGGGCACGGGGGUCAGUUCGCGGUUGCGUCGCCGUCGUAAGCCGGCGGAUCGCUGGUGGCGUAUCUCGGAUGAGAAGAUCAAGGAAUGUAAGACCUCGGACGUGCUGGGCAUGCAGAGGGAGGUUUAUCUCUUGUUCUACGAGUUGGAGAAGCCGGAUUCGACUGAAUAG